GGAAGCGCGGAGCGCCGAAUGAACGUUGAACCGCCGCGGGUUAAGUGUCAGCUUUCUGAGUAAAUUCCUGCUGCGCCUCCUCCGUCACUCAAACCUCGGGAGCUUUGGAGUGACUAGAUACCUGACAUCUCAGCACUUGGCCCUUCCACCCCCAGGUUUCUUGGAGGCCUGCUUGCUUUCUCCUCUUUUCCCUUUGUACUGGAAAAGCUCUUUGAGGAAGAGGAGGAAACAGAACAGGAGUCAGGAAUGGCUCUUUCUCAGGCACAGCUGACCUUCAAGGAUGUGGCCAUAGAGUUCACUCAGGAGGAGUGGGAAUGCCUGGACCCUGCUCAGAGGGCCUUGUACAGGGACGUGAUGGUGGAGACCCUCAGGAACCUAGUCUCCUUGGAUAUCUCUCAUAUACUUGUGAUCAAGAAAUUACAACUAAAUGAAAAAACUGAUAGAGGAGAAGAAUUCCAAACAGUGAUACUGGGAAGACACGAAAGGAAUAAAAUAAAAAAUUUUUACCUCAGGGAAAUCCAGGAAAAUAUAUAUGACUUUGAGUCUCAGCCAAGAGAUGAGGCAAGAAAUUACAAAGUAAAGCCUAUAACACAUGACAAAAAUCUCACUGAUGAGAGAGAGGAGCACGGUAGAAGUAUUGCAGGAAUCAAGCCUAUUGAAAACAGGCUUGCAUUAAGCUUUUGGGAUGACCUGCAUGUUUACAAAAGUGAAGAGAAGAUUGAUGAAUUUAAUCAAGCUGGCAAGAGUAUCAAUAUUAGUGCUUCAUUUUCGCUACUUCAAGGAAUUUCUCUCCUUGUCCAAACCAACCUUUCUAAUUCAUAUGGGAAUGAUUUUAUGCAUCCUUCAAUACUAACACAAGACCAGGGCACACACAUGGAAUGCCCUUACAAAUGUAAUCAGAGUGGCAAAACCUUCCAUCAGGGCUUGAACCUUACCCAACAUCAGUUGAUCCAUACAGAAGAGAACAUGUUUAAUUGUGAUGUGUGUCGCAAAGUCUUUAGUCGACAUUCAGACCUUGCCGUUCAUCAAACAAUUCAUACUGCAGAGAAGUCUUACAAGUAUAACAGGUGUGGCAAAACCCUUUACCAUGGCUUGCACCUCACUGGGCAUAAGAUAAUCCAUACAAAAGAGAACUUAUAUAAAUGUGAUAUAUGUGAAAAAAUGUUUACUCAAAGUUCAUACCUUACAGUUCAUCAGAGAAUACAUACUGGAGAGAAACCAUACAAAUGUAAUGAAUGUGGCAAGGUGUUUAGUCAGAAUUCAUACCUUGCAAAACAUCGCAGAAUUCAUACUGGAGAGAAACCUUACAAAUGUAAUGAGUGUGGCAAGGUCUUUCAUCACAAGGCCAACCUUGCAAGUCAUCAGAGACUUCAUACUGGAGAGAAACCUUACAAGUGUAAUGAAUGUGGCAGAGCUUUUAGUCAGAAAGGAAACCUUGCAAGUCAUCAGAGAAUUCACACUGGAGAGAAACCUUACCAAUGUAACGAGUGUGGUAAGAUGUUCAGUAGUAGAUCAACCCUCGUCAGUCAUCAAGUCAUUCAUACUGGAGAGAAACAUUACAAAUGUAAUGAGUGCAGCAAAACCUUUUAUUUUGGCUCACAUCUCAAACAACAUAAAAUUAUCCAUUCAGGAGAUAAACCAUAUAAAUGUGACAUCUGUGGGAAAGUGUUUGGUCAAAAUUCAUACCUUGCAGUUCAUCGGAGAAUUCAUACUGGGGAAAAACCUUACAAGUGUAAAGACUGUGGCAAAAUCUUUAAUCACAGCUCGAACUUCAAGAGACAUCAGAUAAUCCAUACAGGACAGAAAUUAUGUAAAUGUGAUAUAUGUGGCAGAGUCUUCAGUUUUAAUUCAUAUCUUGCAAGGCACCGAAGGACUCAUACUGGAGAGAAACCUUACAAAUGUAACGAGUGUGGCAAGGUCUUCAACCGGAAUUCAAGUCUUGCAAUUCAUCAGAGAAUUCAUACUGGAGUUAAACCUUACAAAUGUAAUGAGUGUGGCAGCUGCUUUAGUCGAAAGGCAUACCUGGCAAAGCAUCAGAGUGUUCAUACAAAAGGGAAACCUUUCAAAAACAAAGACUGUUGAAAACCUUUCAUUAGAUCUCAACUAUCACUCCACACCAGGUAAUACAUACAGUGGGGAAAUCAUUUAACAUGAUAUAUGUGGGACUGUCUUCAUUCAUUCAAAAUUGACACUGUAUAUUGGGAAAUUCAUAGGGGAUUGAAAUUUGCACAUGUCAUGAGGGUGGCAAAGCCUUGCCAUUACAUAAUCUGUACUAGGCCGAAACUCUAGAAAUAUGUUGAAUGUCUCAAAGUCUCCAGUCCACAAAGUCUCCAACCUUAACAUGAACUGAAGUUUCAUGUUGGAGAGAAACCUGACAAAUAUUAUGAUGAGUUUCAGAAAUCCAUCAGUGUACUUUGAAACCUACCUUUCCAUCAGGUAAUCCACAUUGAUGAUGAACAUUAAGGAUGUGUUUUAAUUUAUCUGAUGUUGUCAUCUUAGACUUCAUUGAAAAUAUCAUCUUGGAGAGAGAAAUCAGAUAAGUAUGUUUAGUUGACCUUAGAUAAGGAAUUCAUUCACCAAAGAUUUCUUUCUGGAGAUUAUUACCUCACAAAUGCCAGGAAUGGGCAAAACCUUUACUUGGGGCUCACAUUCUAUGCAUCAUCAAAUAAUCUAUGCUGGAUAGAACAUUACAGAUGUAAUGAAUGGGGCAAAGUUCCAAAUUAGUGCUCACUCAUGACUUAAUAUUAGAAUAUUUAUCCUAGAGAGAAACCACACAGAUAUAAUAUGUGUGGCAAGGAUUUUAUCCAAAGAUAAGAUGUGGGAGAUACUGGAGUCCCUUAAAUGCAACAAGUGUGGCAAAAUCUUUACCUGGAGUUCAAGUAUGAGGCAACAAUGGAGAGUCCAUUGAAGAGAAACCCUACAGACAUAUGAGUAGAAGCUUUAUCCUAACUGCACAAUUCACCAGACUUCUCAUAUAUGUCUUUUGAGAGAAACCACACAAACUAAUAUGUGUGCUAAGGCUUGUACCUGAAGAUGAAACCUCAGAAACAUAGAAGAUUUAGUUUGGAAAGCAACGUUUCACAUGUAAUAAAUGUAAAAAGUUUUUGUCAAGUAGCUCCACUUUUGAUGUAAUGAUAGAAUUCAUACAGGUUAGAAACUAUAGCAAUUUACUGAAUGUGAAAAGAAUUUUAUGAAAUGAUGCAUCCUGAGGUUUCAUCACAAAGCUCAUGCUACUGGGGAUAAUCCUUACAAAUGUAAUGAAUUUGGUGAAUUUUUCACACAAUUCUUAAAUUAGCCUACAUAUCAGAGAAUCCAUAGUAGGAAUAAGUUAAGGCUUUAGUUCUCCCAAGAGUAAUAUGAGAUUGUUAUGUACUUCAGAGUCAUUAGAAGUCACAGAAUGUUAAAACUUAGGAAAUGACGUGUAUAUCACAUACAGAAGAAUAUAUAUGUAAAUAGCCAAGUAUCUGUGAAAAUGUUCCAUUGAGCUUUCUUGAAGACCACAUUACUAUUUGUCUUUCAACCUUAAUUUUGAAGUCUGUUGCUCUUACACCUUCAUUAUAGGCCUUUGAUGAUGGUCUCUGGGAAGGAGUCAGUAAGGUGAAGGAGGUGGCUUCAUUAGGUGUGGUUCAUACACAUCCAUGUUCCCUGGAAAAACAAGGACCCUGAAUUACCAAAUUCAGUAGUGUGUCAGUUAGCAUCAGGAAGGGGCUCUAGAGAAUAGUGUAAAAUUGCUGUUGCUCAUCCUGCUUGUUAUGUUCAUGGUCCAUGGAUUGAUCACAGUGGACAGAACCCUCUACUGCGUGACUGUGAGCAAAGCAGUAAGGACAUUAAGGGGCUUGACUAUUCAUAAGAGGAAAGGGACAGGUUACUAGGGAUGGAUUAUGUGGUAGGAACAGUGCCCAGAACACGUUGGUUGUUUUCUCUAUUGCAUGGGAAUAAGUAUUAUUUGCAUCUGUGUGUUUUGUUUUGGCCACACCAUGUGGCAUGCAUGAUCUCAGUUCCCUGGCCAGGAAUCAAGCCAGUGCCGCCUAGAGUGGGCACACAGAAUCUUAGCUACUGGACUGGCAAAGAAGUCCCUGCAUCUGUGUUUAAUAAGACAUUCUUCUUAGGAAUUGAAGGGAGAGCAGUUUAUCGGAGAGGAAAAUUUUUAUUACUUGGUGAAGCUUACAGUUUGAACUUCUAGUUUGUCUCAAAGGAAGGCGCCCUCAGGCUUUAAAGAAAAAAGUUUGUCCAGAUAGGCUGAAAAAGAAGAGGUUUUUCCUGAGUAUUAAAAGGUUUCAGUAGUCAAAUAGCAGGAAAAAAAAAAAAAAAAAGGAGUUGGGAAUUCCUUGGCGGUUCAGUUGUUAGGACUUAGUACUUUCACUGCCAAGCUCACAGGUUCAGUCCAUGGUCAGGAAUCUAAGAUCUUGUAAUCCCAGGAAAAAAUUUUUAAUGGAGUCAGACUUCAUAAAACACUGAGGCAGAGCCCUCUUGCCUACCAACUUCUGUCCCUCACAAGUGUCCUAUAUUAAUAAGUCUACUUCUUGCCUGUCACUUUGCUUCUUGCUGAAUUCCUUCUGUGCUGAGACACAAAGAACCUGAGCCUCAGUAAGUCCAGGCUCCAGAUACUGAAACCCCCACCAGGUGGGAGACACUAAGCCUGCUGCCCGUCAGCAUGUAGAACCCAGAGCAGUUGGAGCCAGAUAUAUGAUGCUAACUGCCACUUACCUCACCACCAACCAAUCAAAGAGUUCACGAGCUGACCACACCCACUUUGAGCCAUUACUAUAAAACUCCCUACCCCCUCUUGUUUGAGACACACAGUUUUGAAGGCAUUGGCCCACUGGGGCCCGUUUGCUUGGCAAAGCAAUAAAGCUGUUUCUUUCUACUUCAUUCAAAAAGAAGGGGAAAAAAAAAAAAAAACAAACAAUGCUUAUUUCUUAAAUUCCUGGCUUUCUGACUUGGAAAAGCACAUUUAUGUUCAUGCUAAUAAUUUAUUAACAUUUCUUUUCCACAGCAUACACAUAUUCUGUUGUUUAAUAUGAUUCUUGAAGAUGCUUGUAAAACUAAACUGUUGGAGAUAUUUUUACCCUAGUUUAGUAAAAUCUUUGGAAAUGUUUAUUAGAUAAUAUAAUGAAAUAGUUUACUCCAGCAAUUUUCCAAGUGUUUUUAAAAUUUCAGUUUCAAAUUAGGCUAAUAUGCCAUGUGUUACAUCGUUUACUUUUCUAGUGUAAUAAAAAGUGUUUUCAGUUUUCCUUAGCA